AUGAAGAAACCGAUUCUGGCCAACCUUAAAGUGUUUGGAUGCCACGCGUAUGUUCAAGUGCCUCAAGACAAACGCGCGAAGUUCGACUCCAAGUCAUCACUCUGUCGUUUCCUGGGAUACGCCGAACACCAGAAGUCAUAUCGAUUUGAGGAAGUGUCAACAGGAGCGAUCAAGAUCAGUCGCGAUGCCACAUUCAUGGAAGACAAGUUUGAUGAAGGUCCGCGCAACUACAACGAUGAGUCAAGUGCCGUUGAGUUUGAUGAUCAAGACGAGGACGAAGAAAAAGAAGAAGGUAAAACUGACGUCGACAUGGACUCGAGCGACGAUGACAACGAAGACACCAGGUCUUCGAAGAGCAACAUCAAGAGACACACGCGCACUCAAUCACUUGAGAAAGCUACCGUCAUUCCAAGUCCCAAGCGAAGAACGUACAGAGGUCCGUCGCUUGAGCAUGUGUCAGCGGCUGCAAUGGAUUUUGAAGCAGCCUACAUCGUUGAUUCAGUGGGGGAAACGCCGACUACAUUCAAGUCGGCGAUGGAAUCAAGCGACUCCGAGUCACACGCUUCUUUCCACUUGCCGGAGUUCGACUCGCUUCAGAGAAACGACACGUGGGAAAUCGUGCCUCUUCCGAAAGGUCGCAAGGCCAUCGGGUGCCGAUGGGUUUUUCGUGUAAAGGAGAAUCAAGAUGGCGAAGUUGAACGUUUCAAGGCAAGACUUGUGGCCAAAGGAUUCUCACAGAAAUUCGGAGUUGACUAUGAAGAAACUUUCGCACCGGUGGCCAAGUUCACAUCGAUUCGUGUGGUGCUCAGUAUGGCGGCCAAGUACGGCCUAAUGCUACAUCAGAUGGACGUCAAGACAGCGUUUCUUAACGGCUCCCUCAAAGAAGACAUCUACAUGGACCAGCCGGACGGAUACCUGGAUGCAACACAGCCGGACUAUGUGUGCAAGCUAAAGAGAUCACUCUACGGCUUGAAGCAAUCGCCUCGCAUGUGGAACCAAACAAUCGAUGGGUUCAUGAUCAAGAUGGGAUUCAAGAAGUGCGAAUCGGACCACUGCAUCUACAUCAAGCGAGACGACCAAGACAUGAUUCUCGUGGUGCUCUACGUCGAUGAUCUCAUCCUGGCCAGCAGCAACAACGAACUCCUCAAGUCGACCAAGAUGGCGCUGAGAAAACGCUUCGAAAUGACGGAUCUCGGUGAGCUCGAUUAUUUCUCGGCAUGGAGAUCAAGAACGACCGUAAGACGGGAAUGGUGA